AUGAAGAUGGACAGAAGAGACUUCCAGCUGGUUUGCUCUGUGCUGCUGUGCAUCAUCACUCAGGUGUGGUGUCAGCUGUGUACCGGACCAUGUCAGUGCCCACACACCAUGCCACACUGCCCUGCCGGAGUUCCUCUCACACUAGACAGCUGUGGGUGCUGCCAGGUGUGUGCCAGACAGGAGGGGGAGGCCUGCACUGAACGGCUGCCCUGUGACACCCAACGAGGGCUGCAGUGUGACUACAGCGCCAGCUACCCUGGAGGACCAGGACAGUGUGUCGGUCAGAAUGAACUGGGCUGUGAGCUGAAUGGCAGACGGUUGGAGGAGGGGCAGGUAUUUCAACCUUCCUGUGCCCAGUUGUGCCAUUGUCUGGGAGGAGGGGUGACCUGCGUACCCCUGUGUACUGAUGAUCUGCAGAGGCCUGCUGAUAAGUGCCCAAACCCUCAGUUGGUGCGACUGCCAGGGCGCUGCUGUAAAGAGUGGGUGUGUGACGGCCUGGACAACACCAUCCACUUCAAACAAGCAUGCAGCAAAUAUUUUCCUCUCUGGCGUUCCUUUCCAGCAGAGCAGACACGUCAGGACUACAGGGGUGGGCUCUCUGGCCUGUCGCUCGGCCCCAUCCCAAACUGUGUCGAGUGGCGCACUGAAUGGAGCCCCUGCUCCCACAGCUGUGGCCCAGGUGUCUCCACCCGCAGCUCAAACAGGAACUGGGCUUGUCGUCUGCAGACUGAGACCAGACUGUGCCAGGUCAGGCCAUGCCAGACUCUGCUACCGGGGCUCCGAAGACGGCAGCCGGGGUCUGGGAUGUGCGAGAGCAGCUACAGUUCACCUCUGUCCGUUCAGCUUGAACAUCAAGGCUGUUGGACCACCAGAGCCUACCGCCUUAAGUUCUGUGCCUUGACUUGUCCAGAGGGACGCUGCUGCAGCCCCUCCCAUUCUAGAACAGUGUGGAUGGUAUUCCGCUGCCCCCAGGGCAGUAUCACCCACCAGCAGGUGAUGAUGAUUGAGUCCUGCUCCUGCAGCAGCUCCAACUGCCAGCAGUACCCAGUGACACCUAGCCGGACCCUCCUGCCCUGGCUGUGA